AGCCGGUGGCGGGCGGAGGCCUGGACCUCGGGCACUGGGCCCCGCAGAACUCGCAAGGACAGACCGACGGACACAGGAGCCCAGCAAUGAGACCCCUGCUACUCGUGCUCACCCUGGGCCUGGGUGCAAUGGGCCUGGGCCCAGAGGAGCUCUCAGAGACCCAGCGUCGCAGCCUGGAGGUGGCCCUGGCCGAGUUCCACCAGCACCCACCUGUGCAGUGGGCCUUCAGGGAGACCAGCGUGGACAGGGCAGCAGACACGUCAUUCCCAGGAGGGAUCUUUGUGAGGCUGGAAUUUAAGCUCCAGCAGACCCACUGCCGGAAAAAGGACUGGAAGAAGCCAGAAUGCAAAGUCAAGGCCAACGGGAGGAAGCGGAAAUGCCUGGCCUGCAUCAAACUGAGCUCUGAGGACAGAGUUCUGGGCCGGAUGGUCCACUGCCCCAUUCAAACACAGCCUCCUCGGGAGCCCAGUGAGCACCAGGAGGCCCAGUGCUCCAGGGUGGAGCGGGCUGGUGAGGACCCCCACAGCUUCUACUUCCCUGGACAGUUCGCCUUUUUCAAGGCCCCGCCCCCAAACUGAGCCUGGAUCAGAAUGGGGCUCCACUUCCUGGACGGGUGCAGGUCAUCAGCGAUGGGGCCACUCCCUCCCUGUGCCCGGAGGACGCUAAGUGCCAGGUUAAUAAAGCUGGUCCCCUCCA